AUGACGACCCCAGCCUCAACCCCAGAUACAUGGGCUCUAGUGGCCGACUUUGUAGGCUACAAGCUAAGGCAGAAGGGUUAUGUCCGAGGAGCUGGCCCAGGAGAAGGCCCAACAGCCGACCCGCUACACCAAGCCAUGCGGGUGAUCCCAGGCUCAGCCCAACAAUGCUUCAUCCAGGUUUCCGAGGACUGGCGCACCUUCUCUGACCUGGUUGCUCAACUACAGGUGAUCCCAGGCUCAGCCCAACAAUGCUUCAUCCAGGUUUCCGAGGAACUAUUCCAAGGAGGCCCCAAUUGGGGCCGUCUUGUGGCAUUCUUUGUCUUUGGGGCGGCCCUGUGUGCUGAGAGUAUCGACAAAAACUUAGAGCCAUUGGUGAGGCAGAUACAGGAUUGGAUGGUGGCCUAUCUAGAAAUACACCUGGCUGACUGGAUCCACAACAAUGGCGGCUGGACGGAGUUCACAGCCCUGUACACGAACAGGGCCCUGAAAAAGACAUGGUGUCUACAGGAAGGAAACUGGAUGUCAGUAAAGACAAUAUUGACGGGGGCCGUGACACUGGGGGCCCUGAUAUCUGUAGGGGUCUUUCUUACAUUGGUUUUUCUUCAUCCAGGCUGGUGA